AAAAAUCAUGAGAACCGAACCGAAUCGAUCCGGAUUAAACUGAACUGAUUCAAACGGGAUCACUUCCAGGCUAGACCACUGACUGAUGCGCAAGAGGUGAGCUCGUCGGAACCGCUGUCUGCAAGUUAAAUUAGCUAUUCGCUGGAUGGACUGAGCUUGACACCAACUGGGAAUAAAAUGACAAAAAUGUUCUUGUCGGAGCCGUGAUUCAUGAAACAGGUGAAGUUCAUUGUCUGGUAUGGUCGACGGCAAAAUACAAUGGAUGUCUAAGGAAAAAACGUAAGAAACCUCAAACCCCUGGGAUCUGAGCUGGCCAAAGCUCUGUUGAGGUGGGUUGGGGACGUAACUUUCUCAUAGGCCCUGGAGGUUUGUAAGCCUCCGCUCGUCUGUGGAACUCUGAGGUGGCGAACUACUGCCUUCGUCGGGUGUCUUCUUAGGCGAGAGACGGGGAUUCGGAUGAGGCCUUGUCUGGGAAUGUAGUAGCCAAGAAAGGUGAGACGGGAGACGAGGGAAGAAUAAUCGAGGAUAAACCAAAGGUGCUUGCGGGAAAAAAAAACGUUUGCCGCAGCCAUGAUGGAAGAACUGCACAGUCUGGAUCCACGACGCCAGGAGCUACUAGAGGCCCGCUUCACUGGGGUUGGAGUUGCCAGGGGCUCUGGACAAAAUGAGUCAUCCAAUCAGAGUCUUUGCAGCAUCGGGUCGCUCAGUGAUAAAGAGCUGGAGACUCCUGAAAAAAAACCGAAUGAUCAGAGGACCCGGAAGAGGAAAGGAGACAUGUUUGACAACCAAGGGAAAGGGACACGAGGUCUCAAGAUUAGUGAUUAUUUUGAGUUUGCAGGUGGCAGCGGGACUGGUACCAGUCCAGCUAGGUGUAUUCCCCCCGUGGUUCGAUCAUCCCCACAGCACUCGCUCUCGAACCCCCCUGCUGCUGUGCAGCAGGGCAGUCCAUCCUCCUUAGGCUCCUUAGGCUUAAAUACAGAGCACUCCAUAAUAAUCUCCCACUCUCAGCACAGAGCAACACAGUCUGACCUGACCAUGGAGAAGCUGGCCGCCCUGGAGAGCAGCAAGAGCUCAGACCUGGAGAAGAAGGAGGGGCGCAUUGAUGACCUGCUCAGGGUAAACUGUGAUUUGCGGAGGCAGAUUGAUGAGCAGCAAAGGAUGCUGGAACGCUGCAAAGAACGUCUGAACAAGUGUGUGACCAUGAGUAAAAAACUGCUCAUAGAAAAGUCCAAGCAGGAGAAGAUAUCGUGCCGGGAGAAGAGCAUGCAGGACCGGCUGCGUUUGGGCCACUUCACCACCGUCAGACACGGAGCCUCCUUCACAGAGCAGUGGACUGACGGCUACGCCUUCCAGAACCUCGUCAAGCAGCAGGAGCGGGUGAACUCUCAGAGGGAGGACAUCGAGAGGCAGAGGAAGCAGCUGGCCAAGAGGAAACCUCCCAGUGUGUCCCAGACUCCGCCCCCUAGCCUGGAGCCCAACAAGCGCAAGAGCAAAAGCAACGGAGCGGAGAAUGAAAUGUUAUCACUAGCAGAGUAUCACGAGCAAGAGGAGAUUUACAAACUACGCCUCGGACACUUAAAGAAGGAGGAGGCGGAAAUUCAAGCAGAACUGGAACGAUUGGAGCGCGUGCGGAACCUUCACAUCCGCGAGCUGAAGCGAAUCCACAAUGAAGACAAUUCUCAGUUUAAAGACCAACCCACGUUGAAUGACCGCUACCUGCUCUUGCACCUACUGGGGCGAGGAGGCUUCAGUGAAGUCUAUAAGGCCUUUGAUCUCACGGAGCAGAGGUAUGUUGCCGUAAAAAUCCACCAGCUCAACAAGAACUGGAGAGAUGAGAAGAAGGAGAACUACCACAAACAUGCCUGUCGGGAAUACAGAAUUCACAAGGAACUGGACCACCCAAGAAUAGUCAAACUAUAUGAUUACUUCUCCCUGGAUACAGACUCGUUCUGUACGGUUCUGGACUUCUGCGAGGGGAACGACCUGGACUUCUACCUGAAGCAGCACAAACUGAUGUCGGAAAAAGAGGGCCGCUCCAUCAUCAUGCAAGUGGUCAACGCGCUCAAGUACCUGAACGAGAUCCGACCUCCCAUUAUCCACUACGACCUGAAGCCAGGUAACAUCCUCCUGGUGAAUGGAACUGCCUGCGGAGAGAUUAAGAUCACCGACUUUGGCCUCUCGAAGAUCAUGGACGACGACAACUACGGAGUGGACGGCAUGGAGCUGACGUCACAGGGAGCCGGCACCUACUGGUACUUGCCACCGGAAUGUUUUGUGGUGGGAAAGGAACCACCUAAAAUUUCCAACAAGGUGGAUGUCUGGUCGGUUGGAGUCAUAUUCUACCAGUGCCUCUAUGGGAAAAAGCCGUUUGGACAUAAUCAGUCUCAGCAGGACAUCCUGCAAGAGAACACCAUUCUGAAGGCCACAGAAGUCCAGUUCCCACCCAAACCAGGCGUUUCUCCAGAAGCCAAGGCCUUCAUCCGCCGCUGUCUCAUCUACCGCAAGGAGGACCGCAUCGACGUUCACCAGUUGGCCUGCGAUGCCUUCCUUCUGCCCCAUAUCCGGAAGUCAGUAGCCAGCACUGGGAACUCUGGGACAGCAUUACCCUCCACAAGUAGCUCCUCCAACAGCAGCGCUUCAAACUGAGCCCGCAUUCUGCUCUGAUUGGUUAAGACAGGAAGGGGCGGGGGUUGGCUCUGUAUUAACCCUGCCCCUUCUAUGUGAUGUCCUACCUUGAGGACCACAGCCUCUAGAGAAAGAAAGAGAGCAAGAGAGAGAGAUAGAUAGAGGAGAGGUGAAGAAUGAUCAGGUGACUGACCAGGCCUCGUGUCUCCUCUACUCCUCUCUCUGUUAAUAGCGGGCGGGCUGCGAGGUGCGGUCGGCCUCUUGUUUACUCCCCUCCUGUAGAGAGUUGGGGACGGAGGGAGAAGAGAACGAGAGAGGAUGUGGCAAGAGAAGGUCUCUUCUCUCCGGAAAUGGGGCAUAUGGAACGAGACAGAAAAAUGGACUGAAUUUCUGCCACUGGGGACAGACUCUGUUGUAUGCCCUACACCCCACUAAGAACACACACACACACACACACACACAUAUAUUUACAUACUCACACACUUUCAGGCAAGCGAAUAAAUGUUUCAUCUAAACGAAUGGAAACCUUUUCAAUGUAUUUGAGCUUAGGGAAAUUCCCCCUACAUGAAUAGGUGAGCCCCCAUUUUAAGUCUCUCUGGGUGAAUUUGGCCAGCAGGUGUGGGCUUUCCCUGCAGUUCAACGUGCUUGGUUAGCCUGUGUUUAGUGGAACCAUGCUGCUGGUCAUUGUUCCCUAAUGCCCCUCCUCCUCUCUCUGACCUUGACCAAAGCUGAAUAUGACCAUUGGGUGGUGCUGUUUCACCCCAGAAGUUUGCUUAAAUACAAUAUGCUCUUCUCUUUGUUUUUUCUCUCCAAGUCUUAAAAGUAUUUUUUAUCAUUUUAGUGGAGACUAACCGAUGGCCCAAGCUAUAUUGGAAUUAAUAAUUUAUGUUGAAAUUUAACCCAUUUUUUUUAAUGGAGAUGAAUCUAGUUUUUUAUAUAAAUAUAUAUAAGUAUAUAUCUUGGUCUUUUACUUACAUUACGUUACUUGACUUGACGUACACACAAACAUACAUACCGUACACACACGCACUUACCCAACCAUACACACAUAUUUAUUUAGGUAUGUUUUAAUUGAUGAUUUCUGGCCCUUGAGUAAGGGCUGCUGUAUCUGUACUGUGAGUGGGUGUAGGGCCUCAUGCAGAGAUCAUUAAAUAUUAUUGGUUAUAAUGCA